AGCACCCGGAAGACGCAGGGGGCGGUGGCGGCGGUGGUCAAGCCAGGUGAAGGUCAGUGGGCCUCGCAGGUCGUAUCCCGGGCGCCGGCGGUCAGAUGACCCAGGUGUGGAUGGCCAGGAUCCUCCAGCCUCCCGGGGACUCCGUUCUAAGCGGGAUGGCUGAGCAAGCGGCGCUAGGACCCCUGGGCAGAGCCUCGGGGAAGGGAGUCAGGGGGGCAGUACCUUACAUGGUGCCCCCGCCGUCACCAUCUGAGCCCGCUGCCCAAAAUAGCCCCCGGCGCCCGCUGGCCUGCCUCAUGGCUGGGAGAUGGCUGCUGCCUCCGACCCCGUGGAACUGGGUGCGCCCUGGGGACCCGCGCGCCCCGAGCCCCCUCCCACCCGCUUCCACCCGGUACACGGUGCCAACAUCCGCGUGGACCCCUCCGGGACGCGGGCCACACGCGUGGAGAGCUUCGCCCACGGCGUGUGCUUCAGUCGCGAGCCGCUGGCCCCCGGCCAGGUGUUCCUGGUGGAGAUCGAGGAGAAAGAGCUGGGCUGGUGCGGGCACCUGCGCCUCGGCCUGACUGCGCUGGACCCCGCCAGUCUAGACGCCGUGCCCGAGUUUUCGCUGCCCGACCUGGUCAGCCUCGGCCACACCUGGGUCUUCGCCAUCACGCGCCAUCACAACCGCGUGCCCCGGGAGGGCCGCCCGGAGGCGGAGGCGCUGGCCCCCAGCUGCCCCCCACCCCUCCUGGUGGAACCGCAUCUGUGCAUUGAGCAGUUUCGCAUUCCCCGCGACCGCCUGGUGGGCCGCAGCCGGCCCGGGCUGUACAGCCACCUCUUGGACCAGCUCUAUGAGCUAAACAUGCUGCCUCCGACCGCGCGCCGGAGCCGCCUGGGCGUUCUCUUCUGCCCGCGCCCCGACGGCACGGCUGACAUGCAUAUCGUCAUCAACGGCGAGGACAUGGGCCCCAGCGCCCGGGGGCUGCCAGCCGCCCAGCCCCUCUACGCAGUGGUGGACGUCUUCGCCUCCACCAAGAGCGUGCGCCUGGUCCAGGUCGAGUAUGGCUUGCCGUCCCUGCAGACUCUGUGCCGCCUAGUGAUCCAGAGGAGUGUGGUGCACCGGUUGGCCAUUGAUGGGCUCCACCUGCCCAAAGGACUUAAGGAUUUCUGCAAGUAUGAGUGAAGGCCUGCAGCCACCCUGGAGCAGGGCCACGUGAAUGCAUCCUGGCCCCAGAGGUGUGGUUGCCCUGAAGCUGGCCAUACUGAUACCAGCCAGGAUGGAAAUAAACACAGUCGUUGGUGAUGCA